AUGGGGUGCGUGUAUGCUCCAUCAUCUUCUUCGCAACAGCGCCGCAGAAAUCAAUUUUUAGGCGACGUUCCCGCUUCGACUUCUUCCGAUGCAUCACCCAUUCUUUCGUCUCAAACUCGUCUCGCCUCUUUCUGCCGCCCUGUUUCAGUUAUCACCUUCUCCUAUUCAUCCUCAAAGCGCCGCAGUUCUUCUUCUUUCGAUGCUCAUCUCCGACGAAUCACCGAUAUCACGUCUCCAUCAAGCUUCUCAUCCAUUCGAACUCCUCAGUUGACAUCAUCAACUAAACGCUGCUUCACCUUCUCAAAGCUUCACAAAGUCGCUCAACACUGA